AUGAAAGAGGUGGAAACACCUGCAAAAGAAAAAGAAGAGGCAAAGGAGAAAUCUGUUGAAGCUCCAAAACAAUUGAUGGAUUUUUCUCAUUUCGAGAAACCUCCUUAUCCUAUGAAGCUCAAGCAACAAGCACAAAAGCAACAGUAUGCCAGGUUUUUAGAUAUGUUUAAAAAGUUGCAAAAGAAGUUCCCACCAAAGCUUCGAGAUCCUGGGAGUUUCAACAUCACAAUUGCGAUAGGCAACACCAAUGUUGGCCGGGCACUUUGUGAUAUUGGGGCAAGAAUCAAUCUGAUGCCAUUGUCAAUAUGCAAAUCAUUGGGAAUUUCUGAGUUGAAGCCAACCAUGGUCUCUCUACAGUUUGUUGACCAUUCUUUGAAGAGACCUAAUGGAAUCAUAGAAGAUGUUCUUGUUAAAGUUAACAAGUUCAUCUUCCCUGCUUAUUUUAUCGUGCUAGACAUGGAGGAAGAAAGUGAUUUCCCCUUCUGCUGGGUAGACCGUUCUUGGCCACAGCUCGAGCCAUGA